AACCAAUCAGAUUCGUCCCUUUUCGAUACUCGUUUCUGUUCAUAUCGCUCACAUCUUUUGCACUCAAGUUCCUUGCUCAUCUUCUCUAACACUCGAAUAUAUAUUCAUUUCGUUUCUCAAGUAUAAACAUUUUUAUAAAUUACAAUUAAAAAAAAAAAAGAUAAAAUAAAAUAAAAAAACGAACAAACCUAAUACCUUACGUUGCCACUAAUUAUUUUUGUGUGAAUGACGAGUAUAUAGAUGAUAAAGUUAGGUUAGUUUGAGAAGUUUUUCGUAAAAUUGUCUCGAGAACUUCUUCAAUGAAAUGUUAUUUACGAUCGAGAGUUAUAUGAUUCGCGCGGGUUCGCGAUAUUUACGACGAUGUUUUUCAAAAAGCGUCGCUACUUUGACAAAUGACUCGCAAGAACUUAUAUUGCAACCCCAUGAUAAUUUUGCAUCAGUACGUCGGAAAUGUCUGAAGAUCGCCAUCCUGGGUGCACCGAAUGCUGGAAAAAGCACGCUCGUUAAUCAACUUAUUAAGAGAUCGGUAUGUCCUACAUCUUCGAAGGUGCAUACGACGCAAACCAAAGCAGAUGCAAUUUAUUGUGAAGAUGAUACUCAAUUGAUAUUUAUGGAUACACCCGGUAUGGUUUCCACAAAAGAAUUAAAACAAUACAAGUUAGCUGAUACCUUUAGAAAAGAUCCAAAAGUCUCCUUGGCAGCAGCAGAUAUUGUGGGGAUUGUACAAGAUGCACAUAAUGUAUAUACUAGAGACAGGAUCAAUUCGAAUAUAUUGGAACUAUUGACUGAGGAUAUAAUAAAUAAGAUUCCCAUGAUUUUAAUAUUAAAUAAGGUGGAUAAAUUGAAAAAGAAAGAGGUGCUUCUGCAACUUGUAAACAUUAUGCUCAAGAACACGAAAUCUUUGAAGUUCUCUGAUAUAUUUAUGAUAUCUGCUUUAACCGGAGAUGGCAUCGAUGAUUUGAGGACUUACUUGCUGGAUUCGGCUAAAUCGCGAGAUUGGCAAUAUGAAGGACACAUAUACACCAAUCACAAGUGUGAAGAUAUAAUACAGCAGACGGUACGGGCGAAACUGAUGGAUAUUCUACCGAAUGAGGUUCCAUAUAACUUGAAAGUGACAUUGGAACACUUUGAUACAGGAGCUGACGAUAACGUUAUGGCAGUAGUGACUGUCACAUGUUCCAAAAAAAAUAUCGCUAGACUUUUAAUUCGCAGGACUGCAAAUAAAUUAAUAGGCAAUAGAAUAAAACAAGUUGCUGUUAUGGCAGAGCAGGAAUUGCGGCAUGCCUUUCGAACGCCGGUGAGAUUGAGGCUAAUCGUGCUCUCACCGACAUGAUCCAGUUUGCAAUUAUUAUUUGUAAAAUAAAUAAAUAAUUGAUAAUUACACACAGU